UCCUCUAUCAUUUACAAUUCCCGAGUCUCUUUCCUUCUGAAUGGCGGGAAUAUGAACUGAACCCUAAUUACCUUUUAUCCUCGAAACCUCCCCCUCCAAUGGCCAUAUGGUUUUAGCCUCCUUCGUGUCUCGCCACUCUCACCCUCUCCCUCCUUUGAUCAUCCAUCACUCCAAUCUCUUUCUCCGUCAACGAGGACAAAACCAUCUCCGCCACCGUUGCGUUUGGACAACUUCGGCGCCGGAGAAAAUGCCGAUCAUAGCCGAGUACGCGAAGUCGAACCGCUCCUCCUGCAAGGCAUGCUCGAAGUCAAUCGCCUCGAAAACCCUGAGAUUAGGAUUGAUUCGCAAGGGACCUGGCGGCUUCGACAUGACCAGAUGGCACCAUUUGAAUUGUUUCCCUACCGAAUCGGAGUCGAUUGCUUCCGUCGACGAUAUUAAAGGCUUAUCCGCUUUAGAGAAAGAUGAUCAAGAUGCGUUGGGUAAAUUGGUGGAACAGUGUGGUGAGCCUGCUAAAGAACAGGUCGAUGAGAAUGUGGAAGAGAUUAAACAUCCUUCUUCAGAUGAGAUAAGUGGGGAGAAGAUUAAGGAGACGAAAGGUUCUUCUGCUUCUUCAAAAGUUAUUGCUGAGUACGCGAAAUCAAGCAGGUCAUCGUGCAAGAAGUGCUCUAAGACUAUUGCUGCAAAGGAACUGAGAUUGGGGCUGGUGACCAGAGACUCUAGGGGAUUCGAUAUGACAAAAUGGCAUCACCUGGGCUGUUUCCCUGUUGAAUCAGAUCUAAUUGGUUCAGUAGAGGACAUUGGUGGGUUUUCAUCACUGCAGAGUGGUGAUCAGGAUGCAUUAAAGGAGUUGGUCCAACAAUGCGAGGACAAGACCUUGCUAACGGAGGAGACAAACAAGAGAAAACAUUCUCAGGUUGGGGAGAUGGUGGAAGAAGAUGAAGUGCAAACCAACACGAGCCAACCUACUACUAGAAAACCUAAGAUGAACACCAGUGAGUCAACUUCUCAGGCCGUAGCUGAAGUAGAAAUCUCUCUUUCAGCAUCUGAUGUGAAGGACAAGUACAGGGAUGCCAGUCUAUUACCGAAGUGGAAAGCGUUUGAGACUGUAAUAUUCCUUGAGCGGGAUGAUGGUCUUAAUGAUUCGGAGAAGAUAGCUGCAUUUGAUUUUGAUGGAUGCCUAGCAAAAACAUCUGUGAAAAUAGUAGGUGCAGAUGCAUGGUCCCUUAUGUACCCUUCUAUUCCUGAGAAACUACAAAGUCUUCAUAGUCAAGGCUACAAGCUGGUUAUUUUCACGAAUGAGUCCAACAUUGAUCGGUGGAAGAACAAAAGACAAGCUGCUGUGGACUCGAAAAUUGGACGCCUCAACAGUUUUAUCAAGCGCGUGGAGGUCCCCAUUCAGGUGUUUAUAGCCUGUGGAGUCGCAAGUUCUGGUGGUAAAGAUGACCUUUACCGCAAACCCAAGGCUGGAAUGUGGCAACUCAUGAAGAAGCACUUUAACUCUGGAAUUGAAAUUGAUAUGGAUAAAUCGUUCUACGUUGGGGAUGCAGCCGGAAGAAAAGGCGAUCACAGCGACGCAGAUAUAAAAUUUGCACAGGCAAAUGGAUUGAAGUUUUACACCCCAGAGGAGUACUUUAUCUCUUGAAGUCACUAUGGAAGAGCUAAACUAUAUUUAGUCUUAUGCGUUCUGUUUGCAACUUGUUUAGUCUGACACGAAUGCUUUUUUCUGAUCAAACUAUCACUCUAUCAGUAUGUGUUUAAUUCAACACUCUUUUGGGAUUUGAUACGACAAAAAAUGGCAUUACUUGAGAUUGUUUUCCCGUUGAA